AGAAAGACCAAAAUUGCAACAUGAUUCUUUAGGAACCAAAAUUAAAAAAUGUACUAAACUCAUGGAUCAAAGUUGUAAAACUUAAAUUGAUUUUCUUUUAAACGUGUUUCAAGAUUAUAUACACUGUCUAGAUUUAAGUGUCUGAUCCUCCUUAAAGUUAGCUAGUUAGUACCUAUCGAGAUCCCGGGUUAAUAGAAAAAAUCGGGGGUUUUAGUUGCAAUCUAGAACUCGUUGACAAAUAAUGGAAUAUCUUGUUUGCAUAUUCCUAUUCGUUUUCUAAUUCUCACUCUAUAAAUAUAUAUAUCUUGGUUAAUCUCUUAAGAAAGAUUGUGGUGCGUAGGGUAAAAUGGGUGUCUACUGUUGCUCUGUUUUUGCUUUUGUUCUUGGUGUUUUAGUGUUUGCUUCUACUCUGUGUGUUGAUGGUGGAUCAACCAGCAGUUUCGUAAGAAAAGUUGAAAAAACAAUUGAUAUGCCUCUCGAUGCUGAUGUCUUCAUCACGCCUCCUGGCUAUAAUGCGCCUCAACAGGUUCAUAUAACACAAGGCGAUCAUGUUGGAAAAGCCAUGCUUGUAACAUGGGUGACAAUGGAUGAACCCGGUUCAAAUACUGUUAUCUAUUGGCCUCAAAACAGCAAAAAGAAGAGAAAAGCCGAAGGCAUGCUUACUAAAUACUCAUUCUUCAAUUACACUUCGGGUUUCAUCCAUCAUUGCAAUCUCACUCAUUUGAGGCAUGAUACGAAAUACUUCUAUUCUGUUGGGCUUGACCACACAAAACGGACUUUCUGGUUCACCACUCCACCCGAAGUUGGACCCGAUGUUCCUUACACUUUCGGCCUAAUUGGGGAUUUGGGGCAGAGUUAUGAUUCGAACAUUACACUUACGCAUUAUGAGAUGAAUCCAACGAAAGGUGAAACUGUGUUGUUUGUCGGAGACCUUUCCUACGCUGAUAACUAUCCGAAUCACGAUAACCGGAGAUGGGAUUCGUGGGGAAGGUUUACGGAGAGAAGUACGGCGUAUCAACCCUGGAUUUGGACUGCCGGAAAUCAUGAAAUCGAUUUUGUUCCUGAAAUCGGAGAGGAUGAACCUUUCAAGCCUUACACUCACCGGUAUCCUGUCCCUUAUAAAUCAUCACAAAGCACCGCUCCUUUUUGGUACUCUAUCAAGAGAGCUUCAUCUUACAUCAUUAUUUUGGCUUCAUAUUCCGCAUAUGGUAAAUACACCCCUCAAUACAAAUGGCUCGAAAAAGAACUACCAAAAGUCAACCGAACCGAGACUCCAUGGUUGAUUGUUGUAAUGCACUCUCCAUGGUAUAAUAGCUACAAUUAUCACUACAUGGAAGGUGAAACCAUGAGGGUUAUGUAUGAACCAUGGUUUAUUAAAUAUAAAGUUGAUGUUGUGUUUGCGGGCCAUGUUCAUGCCUAUGAACGCUCGGAACGUAUAUCGAACGUUGCUUACAACAUUGUCAAUGGUAUCUGCAAACCUAUAAAAGACCAAUCCGCCCCCGUGUACAUAACCAUUGGAGAUGGAGGAAACCUCGAGGGUUUAGCAACUAACAUGACUGAGCCACAACCAGAUUAUUCAGCAUUUAGGGAAGCGAGUUUUGGGCAUGCUACUUUUGACAUUAAGAACAGAACGCAUGCAUACUACGCGUGGCAUAGGAAUCAAGAUGGAUAUUCAGUGACGGCUGAUACGAUGUGGUUUUUCAACAGAUAUUGGAAUGCCAAAGAUGAAUCGAUAACUAGUGCUUAAAUGCUAAAAAGAUUUUUUGUUUAUGCAAAAAGAAAACUCUAUUUAUUAUGCAUUCGUAGGUGAGAUUUAGAUUUUUUUUUUUUUUUUUCUUUUUGUUGGUAAUUUAGAUUGU